AUGCAGAUCUGGAAGUGUUGUAUUGUUUUGACUCUUCUAUCAUCUGCUCGAUCCCGUUAUCGUCUACUUGUCCUGCCGGUUCCCGUCUACCAGGAGUGUCACUUGCCAACACGGCCCAUCCGCAGUGCGCUUCACGGGAUCAUGUCGCGGGCGCCCGGAAGCUCAAGCUCUGCUGCGAAGGAGAACACUCCCUCACCUAACCUUUCCAAGUCACUCAUGCGGCUUAAAGGUAUUAGAGAGGCUCUUGGGGAAAACACUCCAGCUCGGCAACAGCUUUUCCCUAGUGAUGUUUUGAAGAGUCGACUAAACAGCGCUCGACAAGCAUCAGGACAAUCGAUGAGUUUCCUUCCUCAUCAGCGAACACCUUCGAAGACAACCAAUACAACUCCGCAUCAGCAAACAAGCUUGGAGUUGGUUCAUACACCCCAGGAACAAGUACUUGUCGAGACGGCGCCUCCUUAUCACUCGCAAGCGCUUCUCAAGGCAGAAGAGUGUCUUUCUCAACAAUUAUCAGUAAGAGUGGGCUCUCGAGAGGAAGACGAAUUCGAAAAGAGCUCCAGAGGCACUUGGAACUCUCCAAAGGCAAUGUCGCCUUCAAGUGUAUCAACUGAUGUGCAAGGUGCUCCUUUGCCAGCACCACUUCAUGUCAUCGAGGCUCUUGGAUCUACGUCAGUAGUGAACAGACAACCUUCCUUCAGCAAUGUCUCUCUGGCUUUGAGUCAUUGCCCUGUAUCUGAUGAUAAGGAAAAUCAGCCGCUCACUGCCGAAGAUGCAUGGGGCCUAAGCAGGACAACUGACGCUGACGAAGCCGACCCCAAUGCUCAAAUCGUUUCAGCUACAGCCAUCGAGAAGUGGAAUUGUGGUCAGGGUUACCACCCCAUAAUCCCUUUGACCGAGAACCGAGACUCUCGCAUCGACGAUUGCGAUAUUGACCCUGAGACUGGCGAUCUUAUUGAUCCAGUUCGAUACAUUAAAUUGCAAAAGGAUAGUCAGGCAAACCUUGACUGGCGCCGAAUGCAACUCAGUUCGGAGGAGCGCAUUGCGAGAGAGAUCGCUCGCCGAGAGGUGGUGAAGAAAGAGAUCCAACAGAGGGAACAGGAAGAAAAGUAUGCGAAUAUGAAUUUUGAAGAGGACAAGGUCCCUGAUGCUGCCUGCACUCUCCGACCGGCGGAGGAUCAAGACUUCCAGGCUAUUGCAGACAUCAUCAACUUGGAACGCGAGCAGGGACAGAACUCUCAAGUAUAUCUUCCCAAGAUCGACCGCAGCACGAUCGGAAACCUUUACAACACGUGCCUUCAAAAGCAUCGGCCAUUCAUUGUUGCCAUCCCUGCACCAGGGAGAAUCCCCGACCGUAGCAAGUGGUCCAAGGCCGAACAAGAAGAAUACCGGGAAUUUCUCAAGUUCAAGCAGUCCCGCGGAACAUCAAAGCCAACCGUUCUCGGGUUUGCUGUCAUCAACGAUGUCCAUCAGGGUUUUCUGGACAGCAUUUUUCGCGGUUCCCGCUUCUCGGGCAACAUUACAGUGAUUGUUCAUCCGCAACAUCGCAAGAAACUUGUUGGCACGGCCCUCCUCGACAAGAUCUUGUCAUGCGUCGACAUCUACCACCGGAGCGAAAUUGACUACACCUGGGAUUGCGCGGAAUCUCGGCAGAUUUAUGAGUAUGUAUCUGCACACAACCUCCGAAAGUACAACAAGGUCUAUGUCGAGUUUUUCUCCAUUGGAAAGGAUGAUCCCGAGGUUGGGAAAAUUCAGCGUCUUUUGGGCAAGUUUGAUUUCGAGCCUGUGGCCACGUUCACAAACGCUGUCAAACAUGGAAUUGAGCCAGGUGUCUGGAAGAGCCUGAACGUGUGGGAGCUGGAAGUCCGCACAACGAACGAGAUUGACCAACUUCCGGAGGAUAUGUGA